CUCCCCUCUGUUUGAGAUAGCGAAACUAGUUCAUACAUAUACAUAUACAUAUACAUAUACAUAUAUAUAUAUAUAUAUUUUAUUUUUUUUUUCUUCCAGAACAACACUUUAUUAUUUUUAGGACCCAGAUCCGCGUAUUCCUCUUCUCCUCAGGUGUAGCUUAUUAUCUUGCUCUGCCAACGCAAAUUACUUGUGACAUAUCCAAAAAGUACACCUUGAAUUGUAAAUUGCUGGGCUUUUUUUCUUAUUUAGAAUAUUUACUUUUUUUCUUGUAAUAAAUUAUAAUUAUUGUUUUGGCCUUGUUUUUGUUGCUUCUAUGUAUCUGCGAUCGAGUAGCAUAACUGAUUGUGAUUUAUUGUCAUAACAGAAUUAUCUGGAAACAUCUCAUGACUUUAAAAUUUUCUCUAUCUUUUGUUUUCAUACUAUUUUUUUCUUCCCCUCUAGGUAGUUGGUUCUUGUAGAUUUGCAAGAUCAUUUUUCUCAAAUUUGAUAACCAUAUUGUGGUUGAUUUUCCUAUUGUCACCGAAUUCAUUUGGUUUAGGGAUCUGGGUGUGUGCUAUUGAUUUCUGGGAUUUGUAAAUUUCAUUAUUGCCCAGCUUUUGGAGGAAGAUUUUAUAUUUGGGGAGGAGUGAUAAAUUUGUUGGCUUAAUGCCUGAGAAGAGAGAAGGUGAUAAGGACUUGGUGUUGCAGAUUUUGUGGCAUCUCUACAGUUUUCUGCUUGAAAUAGAGAAUUGUGAAUUGAAGAUAUGGGUUGCAUUUGUUCGAGAGGAACUCGAACAAAUGAAUUUGUUGAGAAACAUUUGAAAUGCAAAGCAUCAAACAAGCCUUCCAAGCAGCUAGCUGCUUCUUUUAAGAGGGAUGAUGUUGAUGUUGAGGUUGAGGCAAAUGGUAUAGACAAUAAUGCCACUGCAAGGUUGGUAUCUAAUUAUGGCAAUAAGCCUUCCAAUACUCCUGUAAAUUCUGAUGAGAGGGAGAAGAAAGCGAUGACUGUUGGUGAUGGAUCCACAAAGCCCCAACUCCAAAGUCAGGGGACGUUGGAUGUUGGGGCUAGUGUAGGAAGAGAGAAAGGGGAUUUAAUGAUGAUUAGGAUAGGUAGCGUGACCAACGGUACUCGAGGAGCACAAGUUGUUGCUGGUUGGCCAUCUUGGCUUGCUGUGGCAGCUGGUGAAGCAAUUAACGGUUGGGCACCUCGUAGAGCCGACUCCUUUGAGAAGUUAGAGAAGAUCGGAGAAGGAACGUACAGUAGUGUGUAUAAAGCACGCGACCUGGAUACAAACAAAAUAGUUGCAUUAAAGAAGGUGCGGUUUGCUAAUAAGGAUCCUGAAAGUGUUCGGUUUAUGGCCAGAGAAAUCAUCAUUUUGCGUAGGCUUGAUCAUCCGAAUGUCAUAAAGCUUGAAGGGAUUAUUACUUCUAGGGUGUCUGGCAGUUUAUACCUUAUAUUUGAAUAUAUAGAGCAUGAUCUUGCAAGACUUGCUGCAACACCAGGGAUUAAGUUCAAUGAAGCUCAGAUCAAAUGUUAUAUGAAACAACUAUUUGAUGGACUCGAGCACUGCCAUAGUCACGGGAUCUUGCAUCGUGACAUCAAGGCUUCAAAUAUUCUGAUUGACUAUGAUGGCAAUCUCAAAAUUUGUGAUCUGGGACUGGCAAGUUUUUUCAGUCACCAUAAGAAGCAACCUCUAACAAGUCGUGUUGUAACUUUGUGGUAUAGACCACCUGAGCUUUUGCUUGGUGCAACAGACUACGGAGUUUCUGUGGAUUUGUGGAGUGCUGGUUGCAUUCUUGCAGAAUUAUUCGCAGGCAAGCCUAUCAUGACAGGAAGAACAGAGGUGGAGCAACUACAUAAGAUCUUCAAACUCUGUGGAUCGCCCUCUGAAGACUACUGGAAGAAAUCUAAGUUGCCCCAUGCAACAAUUUUUAAGCCUCGACAUCCUUAUAAGCGAUGUCUUGCUGAGACAUUCAAGGACUUCCCUUCAUCGACUCUGGCACUUUUAGAUGUCCUCCUUGCUGUAGAACCUGAAAAGCGAGGGACUGCUUCUUCGGCACUUCAAGCUGAGUUCUUCACAAGUAGUUUACCCGAGUACCCACCUACAAAGGAGUUUGAUGUCAAGCUUGGAAAUGAGGAUGCUAGGAGGCAAAGAGCAACUACUAAAGGGCAUGAAUCAAGUAGGAAGAGUUCAAGAGCUUCUAAAGUUGUGCCCGCGCCAGACCCCAGUGCAGAGUUACCUGCAUCCAUGCAAAAGACACAAGGCCAGUCGAACCUUAAACACGCGAGUGAGAAGUACAAUCAUGAAGACGAUGGUGGCUCUGACAUUUCAAUCGAGGCACCAAAGAGAGCUACGCAAACGCUUUAUCCUCAUUCUAACCGGGGCCAGUCAAUACAUCCAGUAGAUGGGGCUGGCCGAGUAUUUGGUUCUCCUUGGAACGCUGGCAGGUUAAGAAGUAGUCAUCGUGCUUUGGUGCAUCAAGGAGCAGCCCAAUUGUCCAGAUUUUCUAAUUCGGUCGGAGUUGGAGGCAGUUCACAUUUGGAUUGUAGUAACACUGGUAUUAACAGGAAUCAUCGUUGGCCCGUAAAUGAUAGUAUGUCAUCGGAAAAACAUGAUUGGUCCAACCAUUUACUGGACAGGUCGUAUAGAAAGGAUCAUGAACAACAACAUGCAAAAGAGUCUACAAUGGGUUAUGUGGCCAAGAAAACUCGUACCAACUACUCUGGACCAUUGAUUGCUCCUGGAGUUAACCUUGAAGACAUGCUUAGGGAGCAUGAGAAACAAAUUCAACGUGCUAUUCGUAAGGCUCGCACUGGCAAGACUAAGACCAAGUAAACCAUGGGAGAAACGGGCGAUUCAUGAUGAAUGUGAGUCAAUAAGGAGGUGAAGUUCCAACCACAAAAGGCUCUAAACAAGAAAGGUGAUGGUUGAAAGUUGAUUUAAAUGGGAUUAUUCCAUCAUUCCAGCAGUGGUGUUUACCAACUUUAUCAGUUUAUUCAAUGCUUUGAAUGUACACAUUCGAAAUAUCACUUAUCAGAUUCUAUUGUGGAAGAUCCCAUUUUUUCUAAA